AUGGAUGUCAAUUGUUGUCCACGUAACGACUUCUCGUUUCCAAUGAAGAACAAUACGAAAGAAUUUAUUCCAACAUGGCCAACAGCGUCGACAACAAUUGGCAAUGGACUAACUUCAACAUUAUCAAGCGAAAACCUGUUUGAUCCAGAACCAAAACCUUUUCAAGACUUCAUUCUCCGUAAUACAUCGAACAUCAUGUCACUUGAACAAUCAUGUGUGUUGCCAUUUCAACAACUUGUUUUAAAUGAUAUCAAUCCUCGUACAUCACCCUCACAACCAUUUUCAUUUAAAAACGAAGCUUUACCAUUCAGUUCCAAUGUUCAAUCAAACGUGAAUGACGAAAAUGCUCGACCACCCUGGUUGCUUUCGUUAACAGCAGCGUCUCAACCACAAUCAGCUCUACCCAUGCGUGAUAAUACGACAGAAAACAUUCGCCAUUGGAUUGGUGAUUUCGCUACCGAAAAUUCAACUGAUACGAAUGGCAUUCAACAAAUCCCUUUGCUCUCGCAAAAGGUCUUCAUCGGUGGUGUACCACGUUUUGCAACUGAAGCCGAUAUUCAUGCUAACUUCGAUCGUUUUGGCGUCUUUGAAAUCCAAUGGCCAAAAUUGCAUGGCGCACACAAAGAAUUACACCGUGAAAAUGGAUUUUUUCAUAUCGUCUUUCACAAUGCCAAAUCAGUCUGUUCACUAUUAGACAACUGUUCACGGCAAACGAAUAACAAUGCAUGUGCAGACUAUUUCAUUCAUUUUGAAACGGCAACUGGCUCGAGAAAAACUGUUGAAGUCAUCCCGUGGAAUAUUGGUGAUAACAAUUAUGCAUUACGACCACCUCAACAACUUGAUUCGAAGAAAACAAUUUUUGUAGGAAAUCUUCAUGGUACCAUGACGGCAAGAUAUUUAUGGCGAUUGAUGGAAGAUUUAUUCAGUGGUGUUGUCUACGCUGGUGUUGAUAUUGAUAAAUACAAAUAUCCAAUCGGAAGUGGUCGAGUGACAUUCGAUAAUAGUUCCAGUUUUCUUCAUGCAGUUUCUACAGCAUUUGUUGAUGUCCGAACACCUCGUUUUCUGAAACGUCUUCAAAUCGAACCACACCUACAAUAUCGCUUUUGUUCCCUAUGCAAAAUAUCUGCUGGUGAUUUAUUCUGCCGUAAUUUUGCUUGUUUCGAUUAUUUUUGUCAACGAUGUUGGCAAAAGAUUCAUAUCGGUAGCAUGGCGUCACACAAGGCUGUUACGCGUCAUUCGAAAUCCUCACAGCCUGUCUUUCACCCACAAAUGCAGGCCCACACAGUUGGCUCUGUUCUUGGUGCAAAUGGAUUUUAA